UUCUCCAUCCUUAAUUGAAGACUGUGUUUUUCAAGCUAUGGUUCAUCAUUGCUGCUUUCCUUACAACACAAAUUCGCAUGGCAAUCAGCAUUUUCUUAAGGAAUAUAGUAGAUUUAAUUACAUAAAAAAUAUCAGACACUAUUGCGUAUAACUAUUUACAUUCCAUGAAAUUAUUGGUAUACACACACAUCUCUGAACUAGGUCAGGAUGUAAAGUAUACUUAGCAUGUACUUGGUUAAGAUUAAAACAUUUUGAAAAGACCAUUUAAGAAGAAAAUGACCCUAGAAUUCAUCUGGAGCCUCGAGUUAGGCCUGUCCCUGUCCCGGGAAGGCUUGGCGCUCCAGGAGAGAGAGUCCCCUAGUAAGAGGUUCAGGCUGAGGGAAGCCCAGGCCCUGGCAGUUCCCCCUGACCCUCCACCCGACAUCUGGAGGCUGGAAGGCCCACCUGUGUUGUCACUUUUCUCCCUUUUAGGUAUGUCUAGAAGUCAGUUUGGACAGGGGCAGAAACCUCUAGACAUGUUUUUCUGGGUGAACGAGAUAAGCGGAGAAAUCACCUACUCCCCGCAGAAGGCAGAUGCACCUGCUGUUUCUCCUGGGAGCCCACAAGAGAAGCCCCUAUCUUGGCCCAGGAGCAUGCAGGGGGCUCCUUGCAGUCCCCAGGGCCCGCCUGCACAGAGGCCUGCCCCUGCACCUCCAUCUAAGGCUUCUCUGAAAGACUUAGGCUCAGGUAACCCCCGCCCGUCUGCACCGACCUGGGCCAGGCCAAAGCCGGAGGAGCGAGGAGCCCCCCACCAUUCUCAGCAAUCCCUGUCACCAUCUCAUCACCAGGAGUGA